AAUAACCCUUCUGCUCCUUCCUAAGUUCUUAUGAUUAGCACACCCCACCCCACUUUUUUUCUUCCACUAUAUUAACCUCUUCAGAAAGAUGAACACCAAACCUUCUCACCAGAAACCAAAAUGGCAACCAGGAGCUGCUCCUUCCUCCAUCACCAGCUCCAUCCUUCCUCCAUGGAGGCCAGCAGCCCAAGAUUUGGCACCAGGAAGGCAGCAGCCCUAAGGUUCAGAGCUGCUUCCUCCCAUGGCUGCAGCAGCAGCAGCAGCUCACCACCACAGCUCUCCUUUGCUGCAACCGCUAGCAAGAAGGUGUUCGAGGACCAGUUGAGAGGGAUUGUGUGCUACAGAGAUGAGAAGGGGGAGCUGGUCUGCGAAGGGUAUGAUGAAGGCCCCAGGCUUGGAAUGAGGUUGCCGGAGAAGGCCUGCUUCCCAUGGCAAGAUGCAGCAUUUGAAAUGCCUGUGGGUGUUCAGAUCACUGAUUUCAUCGAGCUGGCGACGUUCCGGGUCUUCGAAGAUGCUGAUGUUCUUCAGCUCGAGAAUGAUCAGAAGUGGCAGAUCUGAGAAAGAAUUUAUCAAUAAUCAUGUAUUGUAAGAUAGAUACUCGAGAUACUUUUUAUCGAACCGGAGCAAAUCUCUAAGAAUAAUUUCGAGGUCUGAAGUUGAAGGAUACUGAAGAUGCAGUACUGUAAUAGUUAUGUACUAUGUAAUCUGUAUAUAGUUUGGCUAAUUUAUCAGCAGUAGAGCUUUGGUUUUGCCUGCUCA